GGGGGGGGGGGGGGGGCGUUAGGAAUGACUUCAGCCGUUAUCACAUUGGUUAUUGGAGCUUCAUUCACCUCAGUGGAUCUACAAACACAUAGCCUGUUAGCUAUACAAUUAGCCGCGACACAUUAACUCUUAUUAACUCAGCACCGGGAUAAAAAAAUAUAAUUGAAUACGUACAGAGGUAUCUGACAGCAAAAAACUAUUUUAUUAACAAAGGUCAACAAAUAAGUUUGCUUUACAGAAUAUAUUUUUAUGCAGUUUUACAGCUAAUUAAUGACCUGCAAUUCUACACAUUUUGCCAUGCGGUGGAGAGACAUUUUUACGGUUUUAAAGCUAAUUUCCAACAAUUCUACACAUUUUGCCAUGUUAAUAUGGUAUCUGAGCGAGUGAGCAAAUAAAAUCAAUUGGGAACCCCUGGAGAUCAAGGCCCCUGGAGGUCAAGGCCCCUGGAGGUCAAGGCCCCUGGAGGUCCAGACCCCUGGAGGUCAUUAACCCCUGGAGGUCAAGGCCCCUGGAGGUCAAGGCCCCUGGAGGUCAAGCCCCUGGAGGUCAAGCCCCUGGAGGUCAAGGCCCCCCUGGAGGUCAUUGCCCCUGGAGGUCAAGCCCCUGGAGGUCAAGCCCCUGGAGGUCAGGCCCCUGGAGGUCAUUGCCCCUGGAGGUCAUUGCCCCUGGAGGUCAUGCCCCUGGAGGUUAAGACCCCUGGAGGUCAUUGCCCCUGGAGGUCAUGCCCCUGGAGGUUAAGACCCCUGGAGGUCAAGCCCCUGGAGGUCAAGCCCCUGGAGGUCAAGCCCCUGGAGAUCAAGGCCCCCCUGGAGGUCAUUGCCCCUGGAGGUCAAGACCCCUGGAGGUCAAUGCCCCUGGAGGUCAAGGCCCCUGGAGGUUAAGACCCCUGGAGGUCAAGCCCUGGAGGUCAAGCCCCUGGAGGUCAUGCCCCUGGAGGUUAAGACCCCUGGAGGUCAAGCCCCUGGAGGUCAAGCCCCUGGAGGUCAUGCCCCUGGAGGUUAAGACCCCUGGAGGUCAAGCCCCUGGAGGUCAAGCCCCUGGAGGUCAAGCCCCUGGAGGUCAAGGCCCCCCUGGAGGUCAUUGCCCCUGGAGGUCAUUUUCCCUGGAGGUUAAGACCCCUGGAGGUCAUGCCCCUGGAGGUUAAGACCCCUGGGAAUGUGCCCUGCAUGCCCUGUCAGUAAUUCAGCCAUGAUUACUACACAUUUAGAUAACUAGUUAGACUAACUACACGAAUUAACCAAUCUCAAAAGGUUUAACUGAAUUGGGCUAAUUGAGUGACUGUCGCUAGGUAGGUUUCCAUCAAACUGGGCAACAGAUUUUCAUGCGAAUACUCUAGAAUCCACAUAAAGAAAAUAUGCACAUUUUCACACCAGUGGUGUGUUUCCACCAAAUGGACUGGUGUUUCCACCAAUGGACUGGUGUUUCCACCAAUGGACUGGUGUUUCCACCAAUGGACUGGUGUUUCCACCAAUGGACUGGUGUUUCCACCAAAUGGACUGGUGUUUCCACCAAAUGGACUUGUUACGGAUGAAAAAUCAGCAUGUGAUAGAAUAGUGCACUUAAUAAGAUGUCCUUUUUCGUUUAAGUUUUCACGUACCGAAUUUAAAAAAAAACUAAUGUUUCCGUUGUAUUUUCAACUCUACCAAUAGUUUUGUCACAAAAAUAAAUGGCUGUGUUAAAUACAAAUACCAACAGCUCCCAGGAUGCAGUGCGGUUAGGCUAAUCUACACAAUGAGGUUAUUAUGGAUAAGAGCGAGAAUAUUUGUUAUUUGUCAAACAGCAGUCCAGCAUCGAUCAUCACUUUUGCACUUCCUGUGAAGUUCAUCAUCAUUUAUUUAAUAUUCAGCCUAAUAAACUGCACGCUUUCCCGAGUCGUAGUGGGAGGACCACACGCGCCAUAUCAUCGCGUGACUCCCAAGUUUAUUUCAAUAUGACGGUUAUUAAAUCAAUAUUUUAGCAUCAACGUAAUUUCCACCACCAUUUCUCACAAAAUACAUUUUACAGACACAAAAACAUCCCACCUACGUCGAACGAAGAAAUGAUCUGUCGGCAUUUAUACAAACUGAAACUUCCUGUUUACAUCACAUCCUGUCAUGAUUUCUUUUUUUUUUUACAUGGUAAGACUUGACUUGAAUAACAACCUUGGAUGGAAGUAUGGUUAGUGACACAUAACAAGAGAGAACCUGCUGAUACACAACCAAGGUUCAAAAUGUCACCUCGGGUAUUGAACUAUUCUAAUUCUAAACUGUAAUUUCAGACCCCCAAAACAAGAGUUUAAAAAAUAAAUAAAAUUAAACAAAUAAAAAUCUAAUUUGAAAUAAUUAUUGAGGUUCGGACCUCGGUGUCCUCAGAUGUUGCUAUGGCCCUUAUUAUAAAUAGCAAAGAUAUACAUUAUAAUCCGUAGGAAAGAAAUACAUAGAAAACUAUGUAUUAAAGUCGGCAAAUUAAUUCAAUAUGAAAACUGCAUAGUGGAAUUGUAUAUUGACCAACUAUAAGCGAUGACCAUUAUGGGAAAGUGCAACCGGCAAGGCAAAUGUCCAUAUCUUUGUAUAAUAUUAUCACACACAUGUAUAUUAACCUUUGAAAAGCACAAGGCCAGUAUGGAUCUCAAACCAUCUGGCAUGACAUGACUGAAGUACCUGUUACAAAACAAAAAACGCAGAUUACCGUUACGCACGAGAGACUGUUCUAAUUGUAUCUUUGUUUUCUAAAGAACAAUAACUUUGUAUGUGUCUAUAACUUGUUUUUAGAAUCCUCUGGUAGGAUGUUUUCUAUGUAAGAGUGAGACGGACCAAAAUCAUACGCAUGUGAAAAGGGAUUAGCACAAAUACAAACGACAUGUGACACGGCCUAGAUUUACAAACCGAAACGAAAAGCGUCCCUCAUAUCCCCUCACUGCAGAGAACAGGGUACAACGAGCAUUAUUAUCACAGACGCAGCAUUUGAGCAGUGAUUGUCUAACUACUCCUAAUAACCCAGAUAUACUGUUUUACUGCAAUCAUGUUUACCACAUUUAGUGUCCAACUCCUCAGGAACAGCCGUGAAAAGCGACCAAAUGAUCUACUGAAACUACCGUGAUGAGAGUUGUGAAAGAAGACUUCCCUUCCUUCCACCAGUCAGUCAGUUAGUCAGUCAUUCUAGUCGAAGCCAGAGCCAUGUAUUUAGAGAGAUGAGGUUUCUGCAAUAUGAAGCAUUAACUUGACCCUACAACAUUCUAUAACAGCCAUGUUAGAACCCCAUUAACAUGACACUACAACAUUCUUUAACAGCCAUGUUAGAACCCCAUUAACAUGACACUACAACAUUCUUUAACAGCCAUGUUAGAACCCCAUUAACAUGACACUACAACAUUCUAUAACAGCCAUGUUAGAACCCCAUUAACAUGACCCUACAACAUUCUUUAACAGCCAUGUUAGAACCCCAUUAACAUGACACUACAACAUUCUUUAACAGCCAUGUUAGAACCCCAUUAACAUGACACUACAACAUUCUUUAACAGCCAUGUUAGAACCCCAUUAACAUGACACUACAACAUUCUAUAACAGCCAUGUUAGAACCCCAUUAACAUGACACUACAACAUUCUAUAACAGCCAUGUUAGAACCCCAUUAACAUGACACUACAACAUUCUUUAACAGCCAUGUUAGAACCCCAUUAACAUGACACUACAACAUUCUAUAACAGCCAUGUUAGAACCCCAUUAACAUGACACUACAACAUUCUAUAACAGCCAUGUUAGAACCCCAUUAACAUGACACUACAACAUCAUAUAACAGCCAUGUUAGAACCCCAUUAACAUGACACUACAACAUUCUAUAACAGCCAUGUUAGAACCCCAUUAACAUGACACUACAACAUUCUAUAACAGCCAUGUUAGAACCCCAUUAACAUGACACUACAACAUUCUAUAACAGCCAUGUUAGAACCCCAUUAACAUGACACUACAACAUUCUAUAACAGCCAUGUUAGAACCCCAUUAACAUGACACUACAACAUUCUAUAACAGCCAUGUUAGAACCCUAUUAACAUGACACUACAACAUUCUAUAACAGCCAUAUUAGAACCCCAUUAACAUGACACUACAAUAUUCUAUAACAGCCAUGUUAGAACCUCAUUAACAUGACAUUACAACAUUUUAUAACAGCCAUGUUAGAACCCCAUUAACAUGACACUACAACAUUCUAUAACAGCCAUGUUAGAACCUCAUUAACAUGACACUACAACAUUCUAUAACAGCCAUGUUAGAACCCCAUUAACAUGACACUACAACAUUCUAUAACAGCCAUGUUAGAACCCCAUUAACAUGACACUACAAUAUUCUAUAACAGCCAUGUUAACUCUCCUUUAACAUUACAUGGGUAAUAUUUAAAUAAUGCUAUCUAAAAUUAAUGUGUAGAAUUAGAACAAUUAUUUUAAAUUCUUACUGUUUAAAUAUAUGGCUCUGUUAAUAGCCAUAGUCUGUUGUAAUGACUGUACAAGGUUUCAACGUCAUGAGAGAGAAACCUUAUAGAUGGACUACAGCCUAACCUGACCAGAAACCAACAGCAGGCCAAUAUUAUUACUGAAAAUAUACCUUGUUUUUCUUUCAUUGAAAGACGAAAUAUAUGAAUUAUCAAGUUGUUUGGCAAUAUAUAUAUAUAUAGAAAUAGAUGAAUAUAUACAGUAUACGUAUACAUAUAUUUAGUUUGAUUAUAUAUUAAUUCCACAAAAUGAUCAAAGUUGUAUUUCUAUAAGGAUACAACUUGUUUGUUUCCAUGGCAGCUACAAAUGACAAGGAUCUGGUCAUUUUAGUCUCCGCAAAGAUUAUAUAACUAAAAUGUGGAAUGAAUAAGGGUUCCAUUCAUUUUUGUAUAAAGUUACCAUACUGCAGUUUUCUGUCUUAAAUGAUGUUGUACAACUCCACCGUGUUAUAGGUGUAACUGUGGCCUCUGUGACUUGUCCGUAUGACCUGAUCUGUACGUCUACGUGUUUUCUGCAAUAAUAUGAUAAUCUCAGAAACUAAAGCACAUACGGUGUAUUUCUGAUAUGUAAAAUAAUAAAUUGCAAUAAUGAUAAUAGUAUAAUUUAAUGAAAUAAUAUAUACACUUGUCUAGUCAAAAUAAUCUUGUUUUAUAUAUUUCUAGCAGUUCUAAUGUAAAAUAUUAUAUGUAAAAAAAAAUCCAUAAUAAAUGUCUUUAGAUGGUGUUAUAUGAAAAAAAAGCAUGAUUGCUGUAUAUGUUUUCUGCAGAAGUAAAUAAAAUAAAUAAAGAACUGUAGAUUAUAA